UCCGACAGUGCACUAUAUCUGUCGGUAUCUGCAGGAUAGAACGAUCGGGGCAUCCAAGAGCAUUCCACAGUUAGCAAAAGCUAUGUCGACUCCCCUGCAGACGCGCAUGGCACUCGCCGAGAUACCCGACCGCUUGGAGGCUCUACGAAUGGCCAACACUCCGACUAAUGCUAAUCGCCGGACACCGGAUGAACCGACUCCAGCAGCAAUAAUAAACACACCGAAUGCCAAUGGAGGAGGAGGCCUUGGGCUCAGGGUUGAUAACGAUGCCAAUGUGGUCCAGGCCCAGGACUUUGUGUUCUCUCCGCUGCCUUCGCCCGAUGAGCUAGUUAUCCGCCAACGCGGGCGCAGACGCUUCACCACCACAUUUUCUCCCGACAAGGUGAACGGAGGUGGUGCUGCUGCUGGAGGAGGAGGAUCCAGUAGCUCCUCUAUGCGCAGUCCUUUCCAGCGCACACCAACCAAGAACCUCCAGUUGACCAGCGGCAUGAUACUACGAAGCUCGCCGAGAAAACGCCUGACUAUGGGCAGUACACCCCCAGAACCCACGCCCAUGGAAACCUAUUCACCCAUUAAGAUGGCCACCACUAAGCAACUGUGGCCGGGAACGCCCAUAGUAAAAAAGCUGAAAAUGGACGACCGGCCGGUCGGUCAAACGAACACAGAUGUAGCCUUAUCAUCCUUGUUGCAAGGUCUUUCUCAGGAGCAACUAAUUAUACUGGUUACGAACAAUAUAAAAACGAACGGCGAUGAGGAGGAGAUUCGUAGGCAGCUGCCAACACCAGACAUCAGUUUGUUGGAGCAGGAGCUGCAAUAUGCAAAGCGGCUUAUCUUCAAAUCCCUGCCAACCUCUCGCCUGUGCAAGAAAACUGAUGCGGCGGCCUACUCGAAGGCGUCCAUGCAUCUUAACGAAUUUAAGCGGGUGCUGCAGACGCAGGCGAAACGGUUGCAUGACUCCACACAUUGGGAUGCCUUGGUGGAUUACGUCAGCAUGGCCUGGCAGUGCGUGGCCAGUACACCGAACUGGGAGAGCCAUGCCCACAACGCAGUGCGACGACAGUGCUUUAAGCUGCUGGCAUGCUCCUGUUACGCGGCUAUUAAGCAUGGCGGAAUGCGAUUGGGUCAGGUGCGUCUGGAGACAUUAGAACGAAAUCUGCGCGAAUGGUCGAAAGACUACGAGGACGUGCUGUCCUGUGUAAAUGCCUUGCAGCGUACGCUUAACAACCGUACUAGCUUGUAAAAAAUGUAGAGACUGUAGACUUAUAAGGCCGACUUGCUGAACUCGAGGUUUAGUGGACCGAAAGUAGUAACUAAGGAAAAAGGUAGCACUUAAGCCAAAAACCAAUUUUUAAUUUUGUUUCUCGAUAUGUUGUCCUAUUUAGAAUACUUUUGUACUCAGUUACAGCUUCAUUAUUUAGUGAUCUAAGCCAUACACACACGCAUGCUAACUAGAGUAGGUUCGGAUUACAAUCUUGUAUUUAUUAACGCUUAAAUAUAUGCUUAGCAAGUAGGUUUGAUUACCAUUGGA